GCCGUAGAGUUAUUACUGGAACAAUGUACUUUGGAAUAUGUGCAAUCCUUCGAUAUUACUGACUCUUGUUAAUCUUCAAGAUGCCAUGAACUUCUACUGACUUCAAGAUCAAUUUCAGAUCAAUUUCAUAUCAACAUCUUAUAGUGUGCAGUAACCAUCAACCAGCUAUAACAACAACGACAGCAGGCGGCAACAUGGCAACUAUAGCUUUGCGCAAGAGAUUAGCACUUCUAUUUACUGUUUCAAGUUUCACCAUCGCGCUGAUAUAUUACUGGAGACUUCAAUAUUCACCUCAGAUCUCAGAGGAAAGAUUGCGUCCAAAGCCCGUAAUCCCGGAAAAGCCUGGUCUCAUCAAGGAGCCACCUGGUCAUGAUGAUGCAAAGCUUCAACACUCAACAGCCUCCAUUGAUACAAGCACGUCAAUCAACACAAUUACACAAACCUCCGAUAUCCCUUCUCCUUCCUCCGGCAUUCCGUCAAGCCCGAGUGUUACAAUUUCACAGGGAACAUACAUCGGAAAACAAACAUCAAAAUAUCCACAAGUCCUCGAAGAGUUUCUUGGGAUUCCUUAUGCAUUACCACCAAUAGAAGAUCUCAGGUUCCGACCUCCUGUCCCGGUGAAUACGUCAACAGCAAUUUUUGACGCCACCAACCCCGCAUUAAGAUGUAUGUCCGGUCCAGACAAUCAGCCUCAAAGUGAGGAUUGUCUUCAUCUGAAUAUUUAUCGUUCCAAAAGUACCACGAAUUUAUCAAACGAAAAACUGCCAGUUUUGGUGCAUGUUCACGGAGGGGCUUUCAAUUUUGGGUAUGCGAAUGAUAGGGGAAUAGCAUCCCUGGUGGGCUGGUCUAAGCAACCCUUGAUUGCAGUCACCUUUGAGUAUAGAUUAGGAGCUCUGGGAUUUUUGCCAUCAAAGUUAAUGGCUGAAGAGAAGGCUUUGAAUUUGGGCCUCAAAGACCAGAAGUUGUUGUUGGAAUGGGUUCAGAAACAUAUUUCAAGUUUUGGCGGUGAUCCAGAAAACAUUACUUUAAUGGGGCCCUCAGCUGGAGCUCAUUCUAUCGGUCACCAUUUAAUGAAAAAUAAUGGCUCCUCUCCCCUUUUUGCUAAAGCAAUCAUUGAAUCCGGAGGACCAACAGCUCGAGCUGUCUAUCAUUACGACAACCCCCUCCAUGAGGUUCAGUUUUCAGAACUCCUAGAAAAACUUGAGCUUUCCAGUACUCCACGUGCCGAAAUUCUUUCGAGACUUCGCAGUCUUCCUGUUUCAUCAAUCAAAGCUGCGUCGGAGCAAAUCUUUGAAUCUUACAACCCCUCUCUUCGUUGGCCCUUCCAACCAUGCAUCGAUGGACCCAGUGAAGACAGUAUUAUUCCGAUGCCCCCAAUCGAGGCCCUUUUAAACAACACAUACCAUCACAUUCCAAUCCUCACUGGUUACAACACCAAUGAGGGGUCUAUUUUCGUUCCUAAAACCCUUGAUAAAGUGGGUUCCUUCCUCGAUUUCUUCCACGUACUCCUACCCAAUCUUCCCAUGGAGGAUCUCUCAGUUAUAGACUCCCUCUAUCCAAACCCUGAAUAUAACCUAGAUUCCCCAUACUCCUUCAAUAACGACGCCCUUGGAGUGGGAAAUCAAUUUCGACGCCUAGAUAAAGCCUAUGGAGAUUAUGCGUACAUAAGUCCUGUGCGCCAAACUGCCUAUUUUGCUUCCGGUGAACAUCCCUACGAGCAACCACUCUCGAAUUCAAGUUUACCUAAACCGGCACCAGUCUAUCUCUACGAAUACGCAGUCAAUAGUAGUGUGCUUAAUGGUGCCGCCCACGGUUCUCAAUACCCCUUUCCUGCAUACGCAACCCAGGUAGUCGAUAAAUCCGCAACAACCAAAGAGAUCGCAGGCCUGAUGCAUGCUUAUUGGACAUCCUUCAUAAUAUCUCCGACAGGAAAUCCGAAUGCAAUUCCGGGUAGAUAUCCGACUCGCACGGUGUGGCCAGAAUAUAAAGGCGGGGAAGGGAAGCGACAAAAAAUAAUUUUCGGAAGAGGAAAUGACGAGAUUGCGGGAGGUAAAGAAAAAGGCGUGGUGGUAGAGAUUGAAGAAGAUAGGAAGGAUAAUAUAGAUAAGGAAGCUUGUGAUUUUUGGUGGAACAGGGUGGGGUUGUGGGAAAGUUGAGUCUGCAGGAGAGGGAAGUGAAAAGUGCAUGAUGUGACGGAUGAAUUAUUAUCAUAUUGUUGCGUAUACGAAAAUCGGGAUUUUUGGAGUGAAUUGGUUCUGAUCUAAAAACUUUAUUUUCCAGGACUGGGAAUGUUUGUAUAGUGCUUGCCACCCAUUUCUAGGCCAUGUUGGAUUAUAUAUCUAUAUCGUCUUAUUAAAUCUAGCUCCUCUGAGCUCCAAUUUAUCUCGUUGUAGUGAAUCAGAUACUAACAUUCAUGAUUCACUUAGAUGGGUGGGAAUACUAGCAACAGGCGCUAGCGAACUCA